AAAAUACCAAAAGCUAAAGGGUGAAUACCAAAAGCUGAAGAGUUUAUAUCAAAAGAUGGAGGCAGAGCACAGACAGAUGAAAGAGGAGAAUAUGAUGUACAGAAGAAGACUAAAUGCACCUCCAUCUGGUUCCUCUCUGUUCAGACAAAACAGUCAAGAAUCUCCGUUCAUUCGGACAUCGGAGAAAGAAAAUCGAGCGCCAAGUUCGCCUUUUUUUGUCACCCCGCCGAGACCUUUAUCUUCUAGUCAGAUAUACAGAAAUGUCAACACCCCAUCAACACCAAUGUCAGAUGGAAGUACUUCACCAAUCUCUGUGACUUCCAAUCAAAGUUACCGUAGCUGUGUCAGUGGCAGAAGCAGUCAGAAAAUGUAUCGGCCGGGACUCACUCCUCCAUUCAAUAGACUCAGCUUACUGUCUGUCAGCGCACAGCGAACCAGGGAAACAAGUUCAAGAAACCAACAUUAAAAGAAGUGGUGCAACUAGAGCCUUUUAGUUAGGUUUUUUGUUGUUCGUUUAGUUUUUCUAACUUCUAAGUGAUAUUUUCUUUUAUGUUAUUACUUUUCUUCCUAAGUGAUAUUUUCUUUUAGGUAAUUACUCUUCUUCCUAAGUGAUAUUUUCUUUUAGGUAAUUACUCUUCUUCCUAAGUGAUAUUUUCUUUUAGGUAAUUACUCUUCUUUCUUAGUGAUAUUUUCUUUUAGGUAAUUACUCUUCUUUCUUAGUGAUAUUUUCUUUUAGAUAAUUACUCUUCUUUCUAAGUGAUAUUUUCUUUUAGGUAAUUACAAUUAGGCAUUAUGGUGACCAGGGGAUUAAAUAGCUAACUGUUUUUGUUAAACUUAAAAUUUAGUCUUGGUAAUAGUGUCAAAAGAGUUUAACGUUUUGUAAACAUUAAUUUUUAUUUAAAAGAAAUAAUUAAUUUGAUUUCUAGUAAUUGACUUAAACAAGAGGUUAGUUCAGUAGUUUAAUGCAUUGUACAGGAUUGAAAACCUUUAGGUUAACUUAUUCAUGCUUUUUUCAGUUUAUUAUCAUAGAUAGAUAUCUUUAGUGUCAUGUUCAUAGUGUUAUUUUCUUGUUGCAUUAAAUUAAUUUAGU